GAAAUAUCAUAACUGGUAACAUAUCUUACUAAAUUCAAUUCUUGCUAAAUUAUGUUCAGCAUCAUUUAGCAUUUGCAGUUUUAUAGCUAAAUUAGAUUUCAGUACAUCUAUUACACUAAGCACUUACAGUUAUUCAGUAUUAUUUUCUUUACAUUUCAGCAAAACAAUGAACUUCUUUUCUAAGAAUGCAUACUCAACAAUGAAAAUCCCAAAUAUGAUACUAUAUGGUUUACCAGAACUAUAAUAUGCCAGGUGCUACAUGAUAUGGAAAAUAGCGGUAUGAUCCAUUACUUCCCAAGUUUUCAUCAUCCAAUCAUAUCAGAUGAAGAUAUCACUCCUGAUAAUGAUUCAUAUAAAUGUAGUGUUUUACGAUCAAACCGUUCUAUUUUGGUGUUAUCAGGGAAAUUUGAGGGAAUACCUGAUAAUUUAACAAUAAAUGUUGUAACCUGGUUGCUGAUUUUGAUAAUUUUUACAUUCCUGAGGAAAAGAGCAUGGGAUUAUGGCAGAAUUGCUCUAGUACAGAAGAAUGAUCAGAGAUGGACACAGUUAUUCUAUGGUGAAGGCACUGCUUCUUCACAAAGAAUGAAUAGUGAAGAAAGUUCUAUAGAUUCUGUUGAAAUAGCCUUACAUAUGGACAAGGGCAUUUGUUCAUGGUUAAGAGCCAUUUUCCUCAUAAAAGAUGAUCAGAUUUUGAAAAGGAAUGGCCCAGAUGCUAUUCAGUAUUUAUCAUUUCAAAGGCAUAUUAUUGUCUUUUUAGCUAUAAUAUGUGUUAUAUGUUUAACUGUAGUCCUGCCUGUAAAUUAUCAAGGAGAUCUAGUUGAUGAAGAUAGUAGAUUUGCUCGGACAACAUUAAGUAAUCUGGAUCCUGCGUCAUCCUACUUAUGGGUCCACGUUGGUUGUUCCUUUCUUUUCCUGUUAUUGGGUAUAAUUGUGAUGAAGCACUUUUCUGUGAAUUUAAAGCUCAGUGAUAAUGAGAGUUUGGUUAAUCGAACAUUGUUAAUAUCAAAUGUGCCUAAAGAUCUUUGCGAAGAGAGCAUUUUGAUGCAGCAUUUCCAGGAAGCAUAUCCUGAAUGUAGCAUUGAAAAAGUUCAUCUUGCUUAUGAUGUUAGAACUUUAACAAAGUUAGAUGCUGAAAGGGAAACAUCUACUCAUGCAAGAUUGUAUUGUGAAAAUGUGUUGAAGGAAACUGGCAUACGGCCGAAAAUGAGGCCUUAUGCUUGUGGAAACAUAUGCAUUUGUUGUAGAUGUGAGCAGGUUGAUGCUUUAGAUUAUUAUGCUGAAGAGGAGCAUGCCUUAGCCACUGCAGUUGAUAGACAGAGAUCUGUUUCUUUAUUAAAACCAGUUGGAAUUGCAUUUGUUACAUUAAAAACUGAAGAAAUGGCUGAAAGAGUGUAUAAAGAUCACCAAAAGCGUUGUCAGUGUUCUACCAGCCCACCAUCUUCAAGUUAUGCUCGUCAGUUAAAUCCGUACAAUUGGAAUGUUGAUUUUGCACCUCCACCUGAAGAUAUAUUUUGGGAAAAUCUGAGUGUCAGUAAAAGUCUUUGGUAUAGCAGAGCUUUUACUACUAAUUUUGCUUUGUUUAUUUUAUUCUUCUUCUUAACAACACCUACAAUUGUAUUAAGUUACUUAGACGUCCUCUACACUCCUGCUGUGAAGAAAAUUGUUAGAGAGACACCUGUGCUUAAAGAUUUCUUCUCAACCCUGAUGUUAUUGCUGUUUUCAUCUUUAUUGCCUGUCAUUGUUUCAUACUCUGAUAGAUUCAUGCCACAUUGGACAAGGUCAUCUCGUAAUCAUUCAAAAAUGUUAAGAACUUUCAUUUUCUUACUUUUUAUGGUUGUCAUCUUACCCCUGCUUCAGUUGACCAGUGUGAAGGCCUUGUUAGAAUGGAGUAUUAGGAGAGGUGAAACGUAUCGAUGGAAAUGUGUGUUUUUAUCAGGGAAUGGUGCUUUUUUUGUAAAUUAUGUAAUUACAGCUAGUUUCAUUGGUACUGCACUGGAUCUCAUUCGUUUUCCCGAGUUGUUUAUGUAUGUUUUCUAUAUAUGUUUCUCCCGGUCACGUGCUGAGCAAGCUGGUUUACGCAAAGCAAUUAUGUGGGAGUUUGAAUUUGGUGUCCAGUAUGCCUAUUUUCUUCUUAUAUUUUCAGUAGUUAUUAUUUACAGUGUAUUAUGUCCUCUGAUUGCUCCAUUUGGUAAGUUUUUGUAUCUUUAUGCGUUUAUCAUUUACAAAAUAUAUUAUAAUUUGUUUACUUCGAAGUAUUUUACUAUUUAAGCUAAAAUGUAGAAGAAAUACACCAAAAUUGU